AUGGUGCUAUACGAGGAACUUUGCGACGCUCAUUGCCACCCGCACGACGAUGCCGACAAUCGCUCAAUGAUCCCACAGCUCAAAACGGGUCACAUUACACUAAUGGGUGUUCGCCAAGACGAUUGGGAUACAGUUGCUCAAGUUGCCAAGCAAUGCCCUAACAACAAGUGCAUUCCUGCAUUUGGUUUACACCCGUGGUUUUUGCACCGUGUGAUGGUUGACGACAAGGACAAAGAAGCCCACUAUGACGCCGUAUUGACAUCCUCGAACGAGAGUGAAAAGAGCGAGAUGAUCAGUGCUUUGGAUCCUCCUUUUCCACGCGAUGAAUGGUACAACAACCUGAAGCAGCACUUGGAAGCACAUCCUGAAGCGAUCGUAGGUGAAGUUGGGUUGGAUCGGGCAGCAAGACUACUUCCUGGAGGUGCUAUUGAAUGGCAUGGUGUCAAACCUACGUCGGUGCAAUGCACGAUAGAGCAUCAAUUACAAGUAUUGGAACUUCAACUGCAACUUGCCAAGGAACUCAAUCGACCCAUGAGUGUUCAUUGCGUACAAGCUCAAGGCCAUCUUCUCGCCCUUUUACAAAAACACGCCAAGAACAAUCCACCUAUCCGUUUAUGCCUUCAUUCAUUUGGUGGAUCACCAGGGACACUACCACAGUUCAUGAAGCUGAAAGGGUACACCAUCUACGUUUCGUAUUCGAUUGCUAUCAAUGAGCGACUAGGAAAGAAACUCGACGAUCUGAUAUUGGCAGUACCACACGAUCGAUUAUUGAUUGAAUCGGAUCUCAACACUCCCAAGGGUCAAGAUGAUGCCAUGGUUGCUAUUGCUGAAAGAGUUGCUCACGUGCAUAAUUGGACCAUCGAUCAAGCUAUCAAGCAGACUCAUGAGAAUUGGUGCAAGUUUAUUGGUAUACGAUAA